AUGGAAUGUUUUCACUUGAAAAGUCCAUUUGACAUUGAAGAAGCAAGAACAAAUUUGUUCUCUGAUUCCUAUCCUGACAACGAAGUUGAUAGUACUGCACUACCAGAUUUUUCAAUAAAAAAAUUUAAAAUCUUGUUUUGUCACCCUGAAGCAAUUCUAAGUGAUGUGGGGAGAAACUUACUAAAGACAAACACACUCCAGAAAGAAGUAAAAGCCAUUGUUGUAGAUGAAGCACAUUGUAUAGACACUUGGGGUGAUAGCUUCAGAAAAGAAUUUCUUAAUCUUGGAGCCAUUAGAUCCUUCUUUCUGGACAUUCCUGUGCUUGCCCUAACAGCAACUUCUACAGUUAAAACAACAAGCAGAAUAAAAAGUGUUCUUGGAAUGAGGGAUUGUGUUUUUUUGACGAUCAAUCCAAACCGCUCAAAUGUAUUUCUGGUUAAAAAAAAAGAUACUACAAUUCAUAUGGAAUCGAAGUAUUGUGGCUAUGGGUACAAACUUUUUGAAAGUAUAAUCGGCCCUUUGCAAAAUGUAGGAGGCGAAUGUAAACCAUCCAAAAGUUUGUUUGUGCAAUUUCAUGCACCCCAAACUAAGCACAUGAAGCAUGAAAUUAUUUCAGAAAUUUCAAAAAUCGACAGUAACAUCAGAGUCAUUUUCGCAACUUCUGCCCUUGGUAUGGGCGUGAAUGCACCUAAUAUGAAACAAAUUGUACAUAUUGGCCCUCCUCCAACAUUGGAGGAAUGCAUGCAGGAAAUAGGCAGAGCAGGUCGCAGAGGACAGGAUGCUGUAGCUGUGUUACAUUACAACAACUCUGACAUUAGUAUUGAUAGAAUUACGAAGGGAUUGAUUGACAAACAGAUGGCUGAAUAUUGCAAAAAUGACAGUAGCUGCUUGAGAUCUUUGUUGUUGCAGCAUUUCAAACAUAAAGCACCACCACAACAAAAAUGUAGUAUUAUAUGUCAUCCAGAAACCGACUAUGGUAAACAUGAUCACGUCUUGGUCAGAGAAAAAGUACAACGUAAAAUUAGUGAAGUUGAUUUGCAAAAAUUGUCACAAGAAUUUAAUAACUUGCUUGCCGAUUUGGAUGCAAAUUUAACAGAUGAUCCGCCAAGAGAGUUUUUUGGUCUUAGUAUGGAUACUAAAAAAAUUGCGGAGAAGUUUUCAAUGAUAUUGGAUAAUGUCGCUGAAAUUGAAAAUGAAGAUAGCCUUUUGGGAUUUGGUCUUUGGGACGAAGAUGUAUCGAAAAAAGCAUAUGAGCUGAUACAAAUUUACACUACAGAAUUACCUUGA